AUAUACUAAAAAAGACAGGAAAAUAAAAAGAAAAGAAAAAGGAAGAGAAGAAGAAAAAUAGAAGAAAAUGGAAGGAGAUCUUCGUUAAAUUGAAAAACAUGAUCAAACGAGAACGAGCAUAAGGUUGAUCUCCCUCGUUGAGAUUGGUCGUAAAGGAAAGAAACAAAAAAAAAGAGAUCAUCUCGAUCUGAAAACGGCAUGUUCAAGGUUAAGUCGAGAUAAACCGAGACCUGUGGACAGUAGUACCGAUAAGGAGUCGGAUCGUUGCCACGAAGUCUGCAAGAGUAAAAGAGAGAACCGACGAGUGUGUCGUUGGCUUUAGGCCUGGAAGGACUAACGUCGAUACUCUUUUUCGUUUAUGCUUUUUCGAUAUUUGCAUUUAAUCUAUAAUUUUUCGUUUAUAUUUCGUGGACGGUGAUAAAACGAAAUUGUUAAAUCACGAUGAAUCUCGAAGAGGAUCCUUUUGCAAAACAAAGAGAGAAGACGAAGAGAAAUAAAAAGAUUCGCGAAGGAUCAUUUCGACGUGAGAUAAAUAGGAAGAUUUAAGAAGAAACCGCCAAAAAAAAUCAGGUUUUAUGGAAUUCGAUAUACGAAAAGAGUUGAAAACUUUCGACGUGACACGUCGAUUCGUUAUAGAGUUUCCUGAAAGGUGACGAUUUGUAAUUAGAACGCGAUAAAGAUUCAAGCACGUGUAAAUACUACGUGUAAUAUUUCGUUCAUUGACGAGGACGAUUCAAUAAUAUCAAUCUUUAAAGAUAUUAACAGCAAAUAUGUCUGACAUUACUAACUUCGAGAUUUCAAAUAAGGAUUUAUAGAUUAAUUAUUUUGUUUUUUGACAAAAGUGAUCAAGGACGCAUACGUGUGUAUAUAAAAAAUCGUAAUCGAAGAAACUAAUCGAUGAAAAUUAUUGAGCGAUAGUGCGAUCGAGUGCCUCUUGACGAUCAUUUUGAUUACCAAAGACUGGCUACCAACUACACGGUUACCGUCGCUCAGUGAUCAACGGAAUCUUACCGGCGGAACGGACGAUACGGUACGACGAUUAGAAGAAAAAGCAUCGAUUUAUUUAUUAGACUCGAUAAAUCAUCGUAUACCUUUUUUUCUUUUAACAACAAUAUAAUUACAUAAUUGGAUUAGUGAUAAGUGAGAAGUGCCAGUGCCGAAAUCGGAUCACGUGUGUAAACUCGAAUAAAAGUAAAAAAGCUCACGAUCGAAAUAUCUAUCUCUAACUAUCUCUAACUAGGUAAAAAAAAAAAAAAUAAUUGAUAAAAGAUUUAUUUUCUUCAAAUUAUAUGAGUGAUUUUCAAAUUGAUAACAGUAUUAUUUAAUUGUUUACAAAAUUGGAAGUUAUCAAAGUCGAUUAAAAUAUAGAGUUAUAAUAAAACGAGAAACGAUAUCGAGUGAAUAGAAAUAAGAUAUUCUAAUUUGAUAGCUCGAUCGAGGAUAUACUUAGACUGGAGCUGUAUUUGCCAUACGCACCACUGCCGGGGGGUGGUGAGAUCCUCCCGGCAGUGAGCACGGGUGCUGCUUCAGGUGGCUGUCGUCCGGUGCUAUUGGGUGGCAUCGAUUUGUCGAUGUCGGCAGCGGUGGAACCGGUUCCGACGCUACCAACGCUACCGACGAGCGGACUACCAGCUCACAAUUCUCUCCAUCAUCCGCCCGGAGGUCUGGCCUUGCCACCCUUGGCUUCGGCCUCAGUUAUGAUGCCACGUCCACCACCGGGUACCACCAUGCCACCUCUUGGUCCAUCCUCUUUGCCGCAGGCUCAUCAAGAUACCGGAGACCUAGCGGACACUCCGCCCAAUCCUGACGUCCUCUUAGCUCUUCUAGCCAGGAAUAAAAACUUGGAAGCCUCGAUACCGAAAUGUGGUGGUUGCCAGGAAGCAAUCUUGGAUAGGUAUGUGUUGAAGGUCCUAGAAAGGUGUUGGCACGCGAGAUGUCUGACCUGUCGAGAUUGUGGAGCAAGACUAACUGACAAAUGCUUCGCGAGAAACGGCCAUGUCUUUUGCAAGGACGAUUUCUUCAAGCGUUUUGGGACGAAAUGCGCGGGCUGCGGCCAAGGGUUGGCACCAUCGCAAGUGGUAAGGAGAGCGCAGGAGUUGGUGUAUCAUCUGACGUGUUUCUCCUGCGCACUCUGCUCGCGACAAUUGGACACCGGGGAUGAAUUUUACCUCAUGGAGGAUAGAAAACUCGUCUGCAAGCCGGACUACGAACAGGCAAAGGCAAAAGAGCUGGCCGACGGCGGUAGCAUCGAUGGAGAUCAACCGAACAAGAGGCCGCGAACGACGAUCACGGCGAAACAAUUGGAGACCUUGAAAUUGGCGUACAAUACCAGUCCAAAACCAGCGAGACAUGUUCGAGAACAGCUCUCGCAGGACACAGGUCUGGAUAUGCGUGUCGUCCAGGUGUGGUUUCAAAACAGGAGAGCAAAGGAGAAGAGACUGAAGAAGGACGCCGGUAGGACAAGAUGGUCGCAGUAUUUUCGAAGUAUGAAAGGGACAAGUGCUGGUGGACAUUCACCUAGGCAUGACAAAUUACUCGACAAGGACGAACUUAAAGUUGAUUUGGAUUCGACCUUCGGCCAUCACGAUUUGAGUAACGAUAGUUACGGAACGGUCGUGAAUAUGGGAUUGGACGGAGAAGGUGCGAGUCCAGGUGGUGGUGGAAAUAGUGGUAGCGGUGGACCACCUCGUAGUUAUUUAGGUGCAACGACACCACCUUAUCUAUCGACAUCCAGAUCGCCGUCCUUACCACCACAAUUUCCAUACCCACCGGAUGCAGGUCUUUCAGUAUACACUACUCUCGGAGGUCCAGGAGGUAUGGUACCAGGACCUGCAUCGGAUCUUAGCAACGAAUCGAGUGGGGGUGGUGGUGGUGGCGGUGGUGGUGGCGGCGGUGGUUACCCCGACUUUCCACCCUCACCGGAUUCCUGGCUUGGAGAGCCACCCUCGCACGCUCAUCACCACUCACAUUACGCCACAUAACCCGCCAAAGCCGAACGAAAUCGAAUACCGUCUAAAAUAAUGCAACGCUACGGAACACUUACCUGACGACAGACUCUCCUUGAGAUUAUUACAAAUGAGAAGAAUCACGUGUCCUCGGAUCUCUUCCGUUAGGGUCGUCGUUGUUGUCGUCGUCAUCGUCGUUCUAGCCGAUUACACAUUUAUGUCAAUGUACUUACGACAAGUAACUACGCGUUGCGAUUUAUUCGAAUUCAUUUAUGUACAAAUUCUAUAUUGCCUCGAAACGAAAGGGUAAUAAAAAAAAAAAAGGCGCGAAAUUGAAAAACAGAACGGUUUGAAAAUUACGAAAUGAAUUCAAGAAAGACGCUCGAGUAAUACAGUAAAUCGAAUAUAAAUUUUGGGUGAUGAUAGUAAUUUAAACGAAAAUUUAUUAUCGGUAAUUCGGUAUCAUUGUAAUUAUUUAUUUGAUACUAUUAUGACUUUGUUUCAAUCGAGACUUCAAAAUAUAUUCGUGACUUCGGUCUAUUCGAAAGCAUCGCAUGAACGAUGAAAAAAUUUUAUGAAUGCACCGUUCUUUCUCGCGCCAAUAAUUGAAAGAUUUCUAUAAUGAAAGACAGUAAUGAAUCUUAUCGUAAUAAUCGCGAUCGACGUUCUCUUAUUUCGUGUGUAUAUUUGACGUCAUAUAAGUAUUAUUUAUAUGUAAAAUAUAAAAAUGUAAGAGUAUCGAACGAUGAAGUACUUGAAAAAGAAAAGAAAGAAAAAACAAAUGGAAUUCAAGUACGAAAUCUUAACGAUCUAUAGCUUGACUCUCUCAUGAUCAAUCAAACUCUAUCUUAAGACGUUUUAACGUUGGUUUUUUCCAUUCAAACAAAUGCGAAAAAGUGAAGCGUCCCUACCACCAAUCACGUACGAUCUAAUGACAACACGACGGAAAUCAAAGGCGACUCAUCGCGAGUGUAUUAAAUUUAACUCGUGAUAAAUGAAUUUCGGCGUAAUAUUUCGGGAGAUGUAAUCUGGAAAUUCCAGCAUCGAUGAAUUGUCGCGUAAGUAACGUACACGAACAUGCACGGACGUAUCUAUUUAUCUAUCGUUAUCGAGCCGGUAGCUCUUUCAAGGUAUUGAUCGUGUAUAACUAUCGAAGUCAGCUUUCGUGGAAAUUCUUGCGUAGCUCGGAGUCUCAUAAACUUGAAAGAGAAAGAAAACUCGCGUAGCCAUAUUUUGUGACUAUUUGAAUGGAAUAGUCCAAAUAUAUUAUGGAAUAUUUUCUUUCUGUUUAACGACAUAAUUAGAAAAAAAAAAAUUUAUAUCUUCUGGUAAUCUGUCUAUUUUGAAAGAUAUUUUAACAUUCAAUAUUUUUAUCAAGAUAGAAAACGAUCGAUACUUUUACUUAUAGAUACCAUUUCUUAAUAGAUACGUCUUUAUUUCCCCCGAAGUAUCUGUUUAGUUGUUAUAUUUAAUAUCGUGUGUUCCGUAUAAGUGAUAAAUUUUUAAUUGAAUCUUUUGCCCAAAUUUCUAAUUGACAUGGGGCUAGUAAUUUGAUUUUUUUCUAUGAAAUGUUUCAAGCAGAAAUAAUUGAAAUAUUCUUACUGCGUUUCAAAAAGACACAUUGAUUACAAAUUCUAGAAGAUUAAAUUCAGAAGAAAACUAUAGUUAUCUUCGUACGAGUGUCAUAUAAAUGAUCAAUAAUUUUCUUUAAAAGAUAAAUAUUAUAAAUCGAUGUCCGAUUAACAAAUGAAGUAUUAAUUCUAAUGAGAAUUUGUAAUCAAAAGUAAAACACGAUUCGUAGGUGAAGAUAUGUGUUUUACAAAAGAUAUACUUUUCUGAGAAUCAAUGAGCACAAUUAUUUCACCAUACGGAUUAUCUCUUAAUCGUUUACACUUUUCAAAAGUUAGAACGUUUAGUCAUUUCAUUUACAUAAAAUAGUACAAAGGAUAUAUUCCAUGAUCAAAGUUAUUAUUUUCUAAGUAUCUAAAUCAUAAAUACAAGAGUCGAUAAUGCAGAUCCCUUCGUUGAUACUUGUAAUAAAAUCAAAUUUUACUUGUUCGCAAAAAUUUACGAUCGAUCGAUCAUACUGGAACAAAACAGAUUGAACAAAUCGUGAUAAUCAAAAUUGCAAUUAGUUUAUAGAAACUGAAAAUCGAAAAUAUGUACAUGAUCAAAAUAAUUGUUCUGGUUUCGAUCGAUAAUGAAUAAUAUCGAAAAAUAAAAUCCGGCGAAUGAUAUAAACAACUUUUCGUUCCUUCUGGUUUAUUUCAAAUUUUAUACGCGUUCUUCGAAGAAAACAAAGAAACAAAGGGAGAUAGAGAAAAAGAAUGAACAAAAAUAAAAGUACACAGAUGAAUUUUAUUGUGCACAUAGAUAAGGUGCGAUAAUGUUGCGAAUCAAAGGAAAAAAAAAAACAAAAAAAGAAAAAGAAAAUAAAAUAAAAUAAAAGGGAUCUCUUUCCGCACCAUCAUCGGAUUUUCUACAAGUUUAUCGAUGAUAAUUCUACGUGCAUCUCGUAUCAUUAAAUGAAGCAUAUAAUCGCGUAUAUUACAUGCGGGAACUGUAAUCGAAACUGAAUCUUUAUCGAUUCGUAUCUCUUGCAUAAAAUUUUUGCUCAAUGAAUUCUUUCAUUUUUGUUUUUUUUUCUUUUUUUUUUUUUUUUUUUUUUUUUUUUUAACAUCGGCUCUCUAAAACACUGUUGUGCGUAUUAAUCGCAAGUAACACAUUCGAUGUUCUACAUACGUACAUAGUAUAUUUAUAUUACGUAUUAUAUUUAUAUACGUAUUAUAUUUGAUAUAUAGAUUAAAAUAUAUAAGAAUCGUGAAUCUAUCUGCGGUUAACUCGAACAAGAUAAGAUAUCUAAUUUCAGAAAAGACAGAUAUAUUCAGAAUAUAAGUAGGAAUUCAUGGAACGAUCAAUCGACCUCGAAAAAUCAAACUGAGAUUAUACGUAAUUGUACGAUUGUACGUAAAAUAAUUGUUUUUGGUUCGUCUUAUUCGAUUUCUAAGGGGAAAAAAAAGGAAAAACGAAAAAAAGAAAAAAAAAUACACACUCAUCACGUAAUUGCCAUCAGAUUUUGAUUACAGUUCUUGAUCAUAUAUAGCAGCGUGCUACUGAAAAAGUGUCACUGUAGAAUUGUAUAUAUGUAUACCCCUCUUCCUAAUCAUUUUGCCUACAAAUUCAAUUAUCAUGAGGAAAGAAGCGAAGAAAAAGCGUUAAGAAAGAUGUAUUAAACGACUAAGAAAGAGUGAAAUGUUGUACAAUAUGAAGAAAGAAAAAAAAAGAAAAAAAAAAAAAAAAAAGAAAAAAAAACUGAUUUUGUGCUCCUCACCGAACUUGACGGACAAAAAUAUGCGUGUGAUUAUCGCAGCAGUUCGCAACUUCACCGAAAUCGGUUAUUACGGAUCUUUAUAUUAUUAUCUAGUCAUCAAGUGAUAAUAAAAAUUUAUCAUAAUCUAUGUUAAUUCGUAUUUUAUUCGUAUACCAAUGUCGUUUCGGUAAUGAAGCGCGAUCUAGACGAAGCAUUUGUCCAUAAAUUAAAAAUUUAGUAUAAUAUUUUCUGUGUAAGGAAAAAUAAAAAUAAAGAAUAGGAAUAAAUGCGUCUAAAUAACGAAAAAAAAAAAAAGAGCAUAUUUCAAACCGCAAAUAUUAAUGGCACUUUAUUUAUGAAGACUAUGUACAGAUGCCGUAUAAUGAUGCACACCUUUAAACUCGCGAGUGUGAUUUCAUAUAAUCGAUAAAAUAAUUAAUUGAAGAAUAAGUUCAUAAUCAAGAACUUACUCUAUAGGAAAGAAAAUGAAAAAAAAAAAAAAAAAAAAAGAGAGAGGGAGAAAGAA